AUGAAAAGUUUAGCAGAGUCAAUGAGUUCAAUAGAAUUAUUAAAACCAAAUUCCAUGACAAUUUUGGGUUUGCCAAUCGAGAUUAUCGAAGAAGUUGUUGAAAAGUUGAUGCCAGAAGAGCGAUUCGUCGUUCGAAAAGUGUCCCGACAAUUUCAACGCCUUAUUGACAGCAAAGACAAUGGCCUCCAAAACAUUCGGUUCCAUUGCUUCAGCGUUAGAAAUGAUCAGCACUGUACUAUAGACUUUAAUCACACUUAUGUCGAAUACAAGAACAUUUUUGCAAAAAUGCCAACAAAAGAAGAACAAAAGGAGUUAAAGAAGCUUGACGUGAAAGAUGAUUGUUAUGUAGCUCUUGGGUAUAAUCCUAAAAGCUGGAAGCGUCUGAAAGAGAUGAAAAGUUUUGAUGUCGCAAUGACUGACUUGGCGUUUUUCUUGAAAAAUCCAAAAACUCAACUAGAAGUUUUGAGCAUCCAUUUAAGUGCUCCAACUGACUCUCACGAUUAUUGCUCUGAAACCAUCACUAACCUUUUUUCAAGUCAACUCUCCAAUCUUCAUGUCAAAAAGUUUGUGCUCAAAGAGUUUACAAACUCUCAACUCGCGAAGAUCUUUCCAAGUUUCAAGGAGGGUGUUCUGGAAGAGAUACAUCAUCAGAUGUUUCAAUCAGAGAGCAAUCAAUUUGUAUUUCAAGAAUUAGUUGAGCUGGAGCAAUGGAAAGAGGCGAAGUGCUUGACAAUGAAGCCAGCUGCUCAUGAAACUUACGAUUUGGAUCUUUAAGUAUUCCCAAAGAUUGCAAAUUUCGAGUCAUGGAUUAUAAAAGGUCAUAUCACGGACCCUCUUGAGAUUGUCAAGGUUUUCCUUCCUGAUUACAACAGCUACCCAGAGGGAUCUGCGAAGUACAUUGCUGACGGAAUAACCUAUUUUAUUGAUUUUGAGACUAAAUUGUUUAUUUUCGAAAAAAGUUACUAUGAUUAA